GGCUAACUGUUACAAACAGUUAGCCUGUAACAGUUAGCCUGUUAACUCUAACUCUAACUCUGCCUGAGUAUCAGUAAAUGGAGAUAAAUGACACCUACACCUAGUUAGAUGUAUUUCUGUUCUCUCCCUACUUCACCAUUCUACAACACUUUAUAAGAAGGCGAGUGUUCACUAAAGUCUUUAAAAGUGUAACGAGUAAAGAGGUUUUUACCAGGAUGUAACAUGACCAGACAGUGAUCGUGGCCGAAUGAGCAAAAACCAGAGAUAAUCAAUGGAUUUGGGAAUCCUAAUCAGUUAGAACGUGUUAGAAAGUUCUCCUUGUUCAGUCACGUGGAUUCGGCAUAUUUUACACCAUUACAACUAGCAUCUUUGAUAAUUAUGCUGGAUACAGACUGAAAACCCCACAGGCUUGUAUUUAAGGUCGGCAGCGUACAGAGUGCUUGCCAUCAGACGACAUGUCGACCCUCUUUCUGUUUGUGUGCCUGUUGGUGGGCUGCCUGGCUCAGGAAUCCCAACCAUGCUCAUCCCCGCCGCUCAUGUCUGGAAGCCUUUCUGUGUCCACCCAAAGCGAGAAGCUGGCAGCUUUUUCUAAGUACUCCUACGAUGGCCUUGGGAGGCGGAUCCGCCUCAGCGACUUUGGGUCCAUUGACAAUAAAACCUUCCAUCUAGACGUGCUUCUGCUUUACAAACAGGGAGUGAUGUACAAAAUCAACAACCGGGACAAGAAGUGCAUGAAGAGGCGUCUGAGUACGGACUUCAUCCCGCUGGGCGUUCCUAAGGAUGCCUACCUUGUGGGUCAGUUUGUGAUGGGCAGCUCUUCGGUUCCAGGGGAUGAAAUUCUGGUCAACACCUGGACCGGGAAGCUGCUGACCAAGAGGGGAUUAGCAACGUACGUGAUCAUGGUUACAGAGUUUGGAUGCAUUCCUGUCAGCACCCUGUUUAGCACGGACAAGGGAGGAUGGGUGGCGAUCAGUUUCUUCAACAACAUCGUCGGACUUGUCGACCCCCAGGAUUUCAUCCCGCCACCGUUCUGCAGCACUGCCCAGCUGGAGGAGGAGGAGCGAGACACACACACAUCAUUUCUGCAGCUUCUUUAAAAACCAGAAACACACUGCAACAGGAGCCUAUUUUACUGUAAAAUUGACUUUUAUGUGGUUUUAGUCAAAGUAGCUCUUAUAAAACGUGAAGAAACUGAAUGGAAUUAAAGUUGUGAUUCAUUCAUAA